CUUCCGGGGCCGGCGGGCUGACGUGGCCCCGCGCUUGGCGCAGUGGGGAGCGGCGCCGGCCUCGGUUGCGGCCCCGGAGCCUCCGCCGGAUCGACCCGACCCGACCCGAACCGAACCGAACCGACCCGACCCGACCCGACCCGACCCGACCUCCGCCAUCAUGCUGGACUUCUUCACCAUCUUCUCCAAGGGCGGCCUCGUGCUCUGGUGCUUCCAGGGCGUCAGCGACUCGUGCACCGGGCCCGUCAACGCGCUCAUCCGCUCCGUGCUGCUCCAGGAGCGCGGGGGCAACAACUCCUUCACCCACGAGGCGCUCACGCUCAAGUACAAGCUGGACAACCAGUUCGAGCUGGUGUUCGUGGUGGGCUUCCAGAAGAUCCUGACCCUGACGUACGUGGACAAGCUGAUCGACGACGUGCACCGGCUCUUUCGGGAUAAAUACCGCACCGAGAUCCAGCAGCGCAGCGCGCUGAGCCUGCUGCACGGCACCUUCGACUUCCAGGAUGACUUCCUGCGGCUGCUGCGGGAGGCCGAGGACAGCAGUAAGGUGCGGGCUCCCGCUGCCAUGAAGAAGUUCGAAGACUCAGAGAAGGCCAAGAAAACUGUGAGGUCGAUGAUCGAGACCCGGGGGGAGAAGCCCAAAGAGAAACCCAAGAGCGGCAAGAAGAACAAGGGAGCCAAGAAGGAGGGCCCCGAAGCCCCCUCGGCCGGCAGCGGGGGAGCCCCGGCGGGGAAGGCGUCUCCCCCGGGGGGCUCCGGGGCCGGAGAGGAGCUGUCCAAGGAGGAGCAGGUGCGGCGGAAGCGGGAGGAGUUCAUCCAGAAGCACGGCCGGGGCGGCGAGAGGGCCAGUAAGUCCUCGAAGCCGGAGGCCCCCAAGGAGAAGGGCAAGAAGGCGCCGCGCGUGUGGGCCCUGGGGGGCGGCAGCGGCCACGAGGUCCUGGACUACAGCGCUCCCACCGCCAACGGCACCCCCGAGCCCGCCCUGCCCGAGGACAUCGCCCUGAUCCGCGGGACGCAGGCUGGGGGGCAGCUCAAGGAACUGGACUGCAGCAGCUCGGACGAGGACGAGGCCGAACGGGCCGCCCCGGCCGCGGCCAGAGCCAGCGCCCGGAAGGGGGCCCUGGGCGGCAUGUUCGGGAUGCUGAAGGGCCUGGUGGGGUCCAAGAGCCUGAGCCGCGAGGACAUGGAGUCCGUGCUGGACAAGAUGCGAGAUCACCUCAUCGCAAAGAACGUGGCCGCGGAAAUCGCCGUGCAGCUGUGCGAGUCGGUGGCCGGCAAGCUGGAGGGGAGAGUGAUGGGAACCUUCAGCACCGUGACGUCGACCGUGAAGCAGGCGCUGCAGGAGUCCCUGGUGCAGAUCCUGCGGCCCCAGGGCCGGGUGGACAUGCUCCGUGACGUCAUGGACGCCCAGCGCCGCCAGCGUCCCUACGUGGUCACCUUCUGUGGGGUCAACGGGGUCGGCAAGUCCACCAACCUGGCCAAGAUCUCGUUCUGGCUGCUGGAGAACGGCUUCAGCGUCCUCAUCGCCGCCUGCGACACGUUCCGCGCCGGGGCCGUGGAGCAGCUGCGCACCCACGCGCGCCGCCUCGCCGCCCUGCACCCGCCCGAGAGCCACGGCGGCCGCACCAUGGUGCAGCUCUUCGAGAAGGGCUACGGCAAGGACGCCGCCGGCAUCGCCAUGGAGGCCAUCGCCUUCGCGCGGAACCAGGGCUACGACGUGGUGCUGGUGGACACGGCCGGCCGCAUGCAGGACAACGCGCCCCUGAUGACCGCCCUGGCCAAACUCAUCGCCGUCAACACGCCCGACCUGGUGCUGUUCGUCGGGGAGGCCCUGGUGGGCAACGAGGCUGUGGAUCAGCUGGUCAAGUUCAACAAGGCCCUGGCCGACCACUCCAUGGCCCAGACCCCCCGCCUCAUCGACGGCAUCGUCCUGACCAAGUUCGACACCAUCGACGACAAGGUGGGAGCCGCCAUCUCCAUGACUUACAUCACGAGCAAGCCCAUCGUCUUUGUGGGCACCGGCCAGACCUACUCGGACCUGCGCAGCCUCAACGCCAAGGCCGUGGUGGCCGCCCUCAUGAAGGCCUGACGUGGCCCUGCUGCUGCCCCCCGCCCCCCCGCCCCCGUCCCCUCCCUCCCCCCCGCGCCCCCCCCAUCAAGAAUGCGCUUCAAUCCGCGAGCGACUCGUCAGUGUUAUGCACGGAUAGGGCACCGGCCCCGCCCGCCGCCGCCUCCUCCGGCCCCGCGGAGGGGGCGGUGGUCCCCCUCUGCCUGCCGCCAGCGCACCGGUUGGCUCCCGGGGCCUAGGGCCGCGGGAGGCGGAGAAGCCCAGUCCCUCCCGGGACCCCUCCCCUCCUCCCGCGCAGGGGUGGGAAGCGUUCGCACUUGCUGCUGAUCGACCGAUGACCUCCAUUCACUCACGUCUUCAGAAACCAAAAAAAGCCCGGCCGGGACCACGGAGGCAGGUAGAGGGGUUCUGGCCCCCCGCGGCCCCUCUGGGAGAGUCCCGGCUGCCCGUCCCCUCUCCCCCGCCCCCCGCCCCGUGCCCUCCCCUCCGGCGUGCCUGGUAUCUGCGUGCAGCGGGGCGGAACCCGGAACCCGGCCCUCGGGCCCCUGGGCAGCGCCCCGUCCUCGCUCGGUAUUGCAGAUGUGUCGUUAGUGCAAUAAGGUGAAGGCUGUCUGCCCAGAGAAAGACGUAAUUUAUAUAAGAAAAUAAAUUUCAUAAAUAAAGGCCGCUCGUGCGGGGGGACCGGG